AAUCAAUCCAGAUCCCAUCAUCGUGACUCUCCAAGAAACUAGGGUUCUCUCUCCAACAAUUUCCAACGAGUUCCACAUAUUUAGGGUUUUUCAUCGCAUCCUUAUCGCUCUGCUGUUUAUCCUAAUUCAGAUAAAUAAAUACACAACUCAUCUCAAUUCACUUUCUUACCCACUUCAAUUUCAAUCAUCGCUGUUGCAGUUUCCCAAAUUCUUACAAUUUCUCUCAUCACCCAACAAAAUUCAGAUUUUGAGAUAUUUGAGAGUUGAGACAAUCCCUUGAAGAUAUUUUUUGCAUUAAGUGGUGAAAUCUGUGAAUCAAACAUUAAAGAACUGGAUUCAAGAUGAGGAGAGCUUUGGUCAAAUCGUUUGGGCCAAUUCGAUCUGCUAUUCGACAUCGUGGGGAUCAAGUAUCAACCGGGGUCGCUAAAAGAUUAUUGGUAUCGAAUAUUAAUGAUCGGAUUUAUGAUAGAUCAUUAUACAAUGGUUGUAAAUGUGGGGGGCCUUCCUACAUGUUUUCAAGAACUCUGUCUUCUGAUGCUGGUAAAGAAGUGAAAAGAGCAGGGCCACUUGUGGAGUAUGAGCGAAGAAUAGCAGCCGGUGAUCUCGAGGAUGGUGAUAAUUCUCAGAUAGGCACGUUAAAAGAACUUCAAAGACUGUAUGACGAGCUUGUUAAAUCAGCCGAUGCUUGUCGUCUGGAUCGUUAUUCUGAUUAUGAGAAAGCCGGGAGGAGUAGGUGGUUAUGGUCACGUAUCAUGCCACAAUCUUCGGUCUCACCCGUAAAAGGACUCUAUCUUUAUGGAGGUGUUGGCACCGGGAAAACCAUGUUGAUGGAUUUGUUUUACGAUCAGCUGCCUUGCAAUUGGAGAAAAAAGAGGAUCCAUUUUCAUGACUUCAUGUUAACCGUUCAUAGUCGCUUGCAGAAGCACAGAGGUGUGUCUGAUCCUCUAGAAGUCGUUGCAGGAGAGAUAUCCGAUGAAUCCAUCUUAUUAUGCUUAGAUGAGUUCAUGGUUACUGACGUAGCCGAUGCUUUAAUACUAAACCGUUUAUUUAGCCAUCUUUUUACCAAUGGUGCUAUACUCGUUGCUACAUCGAACCGUGCUCCAGACAAUCUUUAUGAAGGCGGAUUGCAAAGAGACCUUUUUUUACCGUUCAUCGCCACUCUAAAGGAAAGAUGUGUAGUUCAUGAAAUUGGUUCGUCAAUAGAUUAUCGGACAAGAACCUCGGCUGAAGAAGGUUUCUACUUCGUAAAGAAUGACUCGGCUGAUUUCCUUAUGCAAAAGUUUAAAGAGUUGGCCGGGGAACAUACGGCGCAGCCCCAUGAAGUCGAAGUUGUUAUGGGUAGAAAACUACAAGUACCGUUGGGUGCUAACGGAUGUGCAUAUUUCCCUUUCGAGGAACUUUGUGACAAACCUCUUGGUGCAGCUGACUAUUUUGGAUUAUGUAAGAAGUUUCAUACCUUGGCUUUGGAUAAUGUGCCGAUAUUCGGCCUCCACAACAGAACAGCAGCCUAUCGAUUUGUCACUCUAGUUGAUGUUAUGUAUGAGAAUAAGGCGCGAUUAAUGUGUACGGCUGAGGGAACUCCUUUUCAACUAUUUGAAAGAAUCGUGACGGUUUCCGAUGCUCAAAGUAGGGCACCUAGAACCUCCUCGAGGUCUAGGAAAAAUGACGAUUAUGACCUUUGUGUCGACAAUGAACUUGGGUUCGCAAAAGAUCGCACUAUUAGCAGGUUGACAGAAAUGAACAGCAGUGAGUAUCUUGAGCAACAUGCGGAAAUGAUAGAAGUGAAGCGUAUUCAAACGCAAAGUGACGUAUACAACAACGAUCAGGUAAAUAAUUUGCACUGAACCGGCCAAAGUGACCGCCUACUAUAUAAGGAAUAUGAAUAAUUGAAAAUGGCGGCAAACAUCAUUUGUAGUUUUUGAUAUUUGAAUUUAUAGAAAGAUAAACGCGUCGGUGUUUUUGUUGUAGUCAUAUUGUAACUUAUGAACGUUCGAUUUUGAAAUAACAGGCUUUCGGUUACUUGCUAA